UGUGACCUUUCACCUAAAAUGUCCGUGAAGAACGCAUGCAGUAGAGUUCAUACCAUUCUGUUUAUCCGCUGGUUUUUACUUUUCCAUUUUUUAUUUAUUAAUGUAUUUAUGUACAACGUAAAGCGAAUUUACUAAUGUAAUACUUAAGGUCAACGUCAGUCUGGAUCUAUGUGCGACGUGUUAGCAUACUCGCUGCUUUGCUAGGCUAGCUAGCUAGCUGUAGCUUACUUCUCCCUACAGCUGGAAGGAAACAUGUCGGUUUGUAUGGUUGCACGCUUGUGUCAGACCUCCUCGAUACUUUCACUGUUGAAAAUGUGCAUGAGAAAAAGUCAUAGGUAUAACUCGAGCUACACGAUGUCCAGACAUCGCUGGAUUCAAAUUAUGUCCGGGUUUCCCAGCAUCACCUUCAGGAGGAGGACGAGCACACAAGCUGACAAGGACACGGUCGACCUUUCCAAGUUCCCGGCGGACAGAAUCAGGAAUUUCUGCAUCGUUGCUCACAUCGAUCACGGGAAAAGCACGCUAGCUGACAGGCUGCUGGAAAUGACAGGUGCGUUAGCAUUGCAGCCAAAGGUCAUGCGCACAGAUACAUGUCUCAUUUAUCCGCGUCAUCGUUGGGUCUUGAGCUAAAUAAGUCGGGACUGUUACGCUCACUGGUUGGAAAACAGGCGCCAUAGCAAAGACCGGGAAGAACAAGCAGGUUCUGGACAAGCUUCAGGUUGAGCGGGAGAGAGGCAUCACCGUGAAAGCUCAGACGGCCUCUCUGUUUUAUGACUACGGGGGGGAGCAGUAUCUCCUGAACCUCAUCGACACGCCAGGUCAUGUUGACUUCAGUUAUGAAGUGUCCCGCUCGCUAUCUGCAUGUCAAGGGGUCCUGUUGAUUGUCGAUGCCAAUCAGGUACCAAACAGGGCAUCCAGGCUCAAACUGUGGCCAAUUUCUACUUGGCGUUCGAAGCCCAGCUAUCAAUCAUACCCGUAAUUAACAAGAUUGAUUUGAAAAAUGCUGAUCCCAGUCGUGUGGAGUCUCAGAUUGAAAAGGUGUUCGAUAUUCCGUCAGAGGAGUGCAUCCGGAUUUCCGCUAAGUUGGGAACAAAUGUUGAAAAAGUUCUCCAAGCGGUUGUGGAGAGGAUUCCAGCGCCAGCAGGAAGCGUCCAUGAACCUUUUAAAGCCUUAGUGUUCGACUCCAAUUUCGACCACUACAGAGGAGUGGUGGCCAACAUCGCUGUGCUGGGAGGUCGAGUUAAAAAAGGAGACAAGAUAGUUUCGGCGCAUCUCCGUAAAACCUACGAGGUCAACGAGCUCGGCCUUCUGAGGCCCGAUGAGCUCCCAACACAGAAACUAUUUGCAGGUCAGGUGGGAUACAUCAUCGCAGGGAUGAAGGAGGUGAAGGAGGCCCAAAUUGGCGACACGCUCUUCCUUCAGGAGCGGCCUGUGGACGCCCUUCCGGGCUUUAAACCCGCCAAGCCCAUGGUCUUUGCAGGGAUGUAUCCAAUGGACCAGUCAGAAUACCCGGGCCUUCGCAGUGCCAUUGAGAGGCUGACCCUGAAUGACUCAAGUGUCAUGGUGCAGAGAGACAGCAGUCUGGCCCUGGGAGCUGGCUGGAGACUUGGCUUCCUGGGUCUUCUCCACAUGGAGGUGUUCAAUCAGAGGCUGGAGCAGGAGUACAACGCCUCCGUCAUAGUAACUGCCCCCACCGUGCCCUACAAGGCCGUCCUCUCCUCGGCCAAACUCAUUAAGGAACGCGGCAGCGAGGAGAUCAUCAUCGUGAACCCGGCUCAGUUUCCGGACAGGUCGGCUGUGUCUGAAUAUCUGGAGCCCAUGGUUCUGGGGACCAUCCUGGCUCCAGACGCUCACACUGGAAAGAUCAUGAACCUCUGCUUGAACCGCAGGGGUGUCCAGAAGAACAUGGUGUACAUCGACGACCAGCGGGUCAUGAUGAAGUACCUCUUCCCUCUGAAUGAGAUCGUCGUGGACUUUUACGACCUCCUCAAAUCGCUGUCGUCUGGAUAUGCAAGCUUUGAUUAUGAGAGUGCCGGCUACCAGGCUGCCGAUUUGAUAAAGAUGGAUCUCCUGCUGAAUGGCCAUCCGGUGGAAGAGCUCACCACCAUUGUGCACAGAGAACGCGCAUACACAAUGGGCAAAGCCAUGUGUGAGCGGCUGAAGGACUCCAUUCCAAGGCAGAUGUUCGAGAUCGCCGUGCAGGCAGCCAUUGGAAGUAAGGUCAUCGCACGGGAAACAAUAAAGGCAUACAGGAAAAAUGUUCUUGCAAAAUGCUAUGGAGGUGAUAUAACACGAAAGAUGAAGCUCCUGAAGAAACAAGCAGAAGGCAAAAAGAAGAUGAGGCGCAUCGGAAAUGUGGACGUCCCCAAAGAUGCUUUUAUUAAUGUUCUGAAGAGAAAGGAUAAAUAGAAAUAUUAUGUCAUCAUAGUGCAUUAUAGUCUCCGAUUAAAGAGACUAGAUUUGAUUUUCUUAAUUAAAGCUCUGCUGAAUAUUUUUACCGA